UUAGUACCACAACAGUGCUUUUUAAGAUCUUACAUCAUAGCACCUAUGCUGCAUUUUUUCCAGCAAAAAAAAAAGUAAUUAAUAUCAUUUCUGCAAUUAGAGCAUUGAUUUGUAGCAAAUUUCUUACAUUCAGAAAGUAAAUUCCUGUAAAUAAAUGUCUUCCCUACAAAAGAUACAAAAAUAACUGACAUCUUGAUCAAGUUUGCAUCGUUUUAUCAACUCCAUAUCAUCAUAUAAAUCCAAUACAUCAUAUCUUUGUUGGAAAGUGUGUGCAAUAAUCUCAUAUUCUAUUGGAGAUUGGUGAAUGUACGGCAAUGAAAGACAUCAGGGUUGGUGGAGGGAGUCUGGAAGAGGAUCAUAGCAUUUAAACCUUUAAGCACUCAGAUCCUCUCUGUCAGCAACAUUAGUCGGUGCUGCUUCCUGCAGUUGCUCAGGGUCUGACUCAGAGGUAUUAGAGGCAUCUAAUGCCUCUACACCCCCAGUAACCUGUGCAUCUGCCAGGCUGAGAGGACACUGGCAUCAUGAUCAAGCUUAAACGCAGGAGGCAAAGCCUUUUCCCCAAUUAUAAACUUGGGGUCUCAGUCCCUGCUCCCAAGGAUCCAGUGGAUUCUGAGCUUCCUUUUGGUCAACACAACUGGGUAAAACCAUGGAAUUCGAUGCAGGAAUUAAGUAAGGAUAUAUAUGACAUCUAUGCAGAGUAUGAAGACGAUGAAGAAGAGAGGUUGAUGUCGACCCCUAGUAAACUGUCCUCUCAGACUAAGAACUACAUGCUGAACAUCAACGUCGGAGGCAAGGUCUACCAGAUCUCUUACAGGGUAGCAGCAAAAUAUCCCAAGACAAGAAUUGGCCGACUUGCAACGUAUACUGACCACAACAGGAAACUCGAUCUCUGUGAUGAUUACACUGUCCAAAACAAUGAGUUUUUCUUUGACAGGGAUCCAGACAUCUUCCACAACAUCUUCAACUUCUAUAGGACUGGAGUUCUCUGGAUCAAAGAUGAAUUGUGCCCACGCAAUUUUUUGGAGGAGAUCAACUACUGGGGUGUUCGUAUCAAGAACACUCAUCGCUGCUGCCGCAUUUCGUUCGAGGAACGGCAAGAUGAACUCAAUGAACAGCUGAAGAUACAAAGGGAACUCGAGGCAGAGGUGGAAACUGAGGAGCAUGAGGACUUGUUUCAGGAUAUGGCUUUCGGUCAUACACGUUUCCUUAUCUGGAACAUGAUGGAGAAGCCCUUCUCAUCGGUCACAGCCAAGCUCAUGGCAGUGGCAUCCAGUUUCUUCGUGCUGGUAUCACUCGUGGCUAUGACUCUCAAUACGGUAGAGGAAAUGCAAUAUACAACGACCACCGGCCAGCUGAGCGGGAAGACCCACUGUGAGUAUGUUGAGACUUUAUGCAUUGCGUUUUUUACCAUGGAAUAUCUGCUCCGGCUUGUGUCCACACCUAAUCUCAAACGCUUUGGAAGGAGCGUGCUGAAUGCUGUGGACCUGAUUGCAAUCCUUCCAUUAUAUCUUCAGAUGAUCUUAGAGUGUUUUGAGAAUGAAGACUACGGGAAGCAUGGUAGCGAUAUAGAGACUGUAGGACGGGUUGGUAAACUGGGGCAAGUUCUCCGCAUCAUGCGUCUCAUGAGGAUAUUUCGCAUCCUAAAACUAGCACGUCACUCAACUGGACUUCGAGCUUUUGGCUUCACACUCCGACAAUGCUACCAACAAGUGGGCUGUCUUUUCCUCUUCAUUGCAAUGGGAAUUUUCACCUUCUCUGCCAUGGUCUAUACCGUAGAGCAUGAUGUGCAUCAAACAAACUUCACCAGUAUUCCACAUGCAUGGUGGUGGGCAGCUGUGAGCAUCUCCACUGUGGGCUACGGCGACAUUUUUCCAGAGACUCCUCUGGGCAGGAUUUUUGCAUUUGCGUGCAUCUCGUUUGGAAUUAUUCUCAACGGCAUGCCAAUUUCCAUCCUGUUCAAUAAAUUCUCAGACUACUAUUCAAAGUUGAAAGCCUAUGAAUACACAUCCUCUAUAAAGAAUCGCGGGAAAGUGAGGUUUGUGAAAAGGGCUGCAAAGAAGGCUGCAGAAUGUUUUUAGGUUGCCAUGUGCUGACCUACACUUUCCAUCCACGGACUGAUUUUUAAUUCAUGGACUUGGUGGACAUGGACUUCUUUUCAAAAUAUGCAAACCAUCCAGAUUAAUUAAGUAACUGUCUUUAAACAAAUUAGCCACUGCUUGCUUUUGUGCUGCUGGAUACAUGCAUAUUGGGGAACUUUUGUACUAUAAGCAAAAGGUUAACGAACCAACGUUCCUUUUCAGGCUGCUCUUACAAGGAUGCCGUUAAUAAAUACUUGCCUUGGCACAACAAUUUAAUUGUCUAAGAUCAAUUGUUUCUUAUUAUUACUUUACAGCACAGUAAAAAUCUAGUUUUUUUUUUUAACAAUGUAAUUAAAAUGAACCAUUGUGACCACUAUGGGCAAUGUUAAAACAUGAGGUUAAAAAGUAAUCCAGGGUAGACAAACACUGCUUCAAAUAAUCAGUUGAAGGUUUUAACAUCUGGCUGAACACAAGCUCAGCUUCAUUGCUUUUUUUAUAUAUCUAUGUAUAAUUUUGCAUAGGCUUUUGUGUAAGUUUCAAUAAAGAAAAGCCGAUUUAUGAUUUACAUCAACUGGUUUCCUCUGGAAGCACUCUGAGCAGGACAGAUUGCAAAGAGAUUUCCUAUCAGGUUAACUUCUGUAUUGGCAGGGCUAUUUGGCAAAAACUUACAGUGCUUUAAAAAAACAUCAGAACUGACAUCUUCACUACAAUAGCUUGGUGUGCUGAUACAAUUACAAAAACUUGUUGACUUAAUAAAGGGUGGCCAUUGUGACACCCAUAAGAAUGUCGACAACUAGAAUGUAAUUAAAUCUGAAAAGCAUGCUCAUGCAGGCAUUGAUAAUCCUUGAAAGAUUAAUCCUUGGGGAUCAUUGAAGUCCCAAGGACAGAUGGAAGUAGAUCAGGGCAACACAAUUCAUUUUCAAGCACUCAAACAUGCCUCCAUAUUCAAACCUACCAUUUUU